UUUAUGGGUUUUUCGAUGUUAGAGAUGUGACAUCAGAUAUCAUGACUACACUGCCGAAGGAUUUCUCAGUUGCUGUAAAGGAUAUUGCCGAAGCAUUACCUUCGAGAAGCAUUACUAUUGUCAGAGGAAAUUCUACAAACAUCAGGUCACAGGACAUAUUUGAACUGUUAUGUAUGCUCAGUGAGCACAAUGUUCUGACUACGAAUCUGGACAUAGCAACAAAGGAAAACAAACAAAAGUACUACGCGUUACUGAAAAAGGCUUUAGAUGUGUCAGAUCAACGGACCAGUCUCAUACUAUGUGAGCCUUACGAAUGCGAGAAUAUUCUCUUUGAGUUGACGGACAACAACCUGAUCCACAGUAUGAUCUUGUACAUCUUCUACUGGUCUUAUGGACCGGUGAGCGAGACCUUUCUGAUGACCAUCAAGGAAGCCAUGAGGGUUGCAGUCAUCACAAACCCUAGGGAGAGUGUGUUUCGCAUCUACUACAACCAAGGCACUUCAGACCGUUUGAACCACUUGACCCUGGUGAACUGGUGGUCAGGUCGUCUAUACAAGUCUCCAGUACUGCCACCUCCUGAUAAAGUCUACCACGACUUUAAGGGCAGAGUCUUUGAAGUUCCAGUCUUGCAUGCACCACCGUGGCACUUCGUGAAGUACAACAAUGACAAUACAAUCACUGUUACCGGAGGACGCGACGACAAACUGCUCGCGUUAAUUGCUAAGAAGCUGAACUUCAAGUACAAGUACUACGAUCCACCAGACAGAAGCCAAGGGUCAAGUAUUUCUGGUAAUGGAACUUUCAAGGGCACGCUCGGCUUGAUUUGGAAACGUAAAGCCGAUUUCUUCCUUGGCGACGUAACAAUGACGUGGGAGAGGCUGCAAGCAGUUGAAUUCUCGUUCAUGACCCUAGCAGACUCAGGGGCUUUCCUUACACAUGCUCCGGCGAAGUUGAGUGAAACCCUGGCCAUCAUUAGGCCAUUUCAGUGGGAGGUAUGGCCACUAGUAUUUGCAACGUUGCUGGUGACCGGACCAGCGCUAUGGAUAGUCAUCGCCGCCCAGUCGCUGUGGCAAAAGCGUAAAUGUGAUCAGUUAUCACUAUUCAGUAGCUGCUGUUGGUUCACCACAACACUAUUCUUGAGACAAUCAUCCAGCAAAGAACCUUCUAGCACUCAUAAGGCCCGCCUGGUAUCCGUCCUGAUCUCGCUCGGAGCAACCUACGUCAUAGGAGACAUGUACUCAGCAAACCUUACCAGCUUGAUCGCUAAACCUUCAAGGGAACGACCCAUAGGAACCUUGGCAGCAUUAGAGGAGGCCAUGAGGGACUAUGGAUACGAACUAGUGGUGGAAAGUCACAGCUCUUCAUUAGCUAUUCUUGAAAACGGUACUGGUGUGUACGGUCGUCUAGCGAAUCUGAUGCGUCGUCAAAGAGUGCAGCGCGUACGCAACGUUGAGGUGGGCGUGCGACUUGUUCUGUCACAUAAACGAGUCGCUGUACUGGGUGGGAGAGAAACACUUUACUAUGAUACUGAGAGAUUUGGCUCCCAUAACUUUCACUUGAGUGAAAAGCUGUACACACGGUAUUCAGCAAUCGCUUUACAAAUCGGAUGCCCAUAUUUGGAAACUUUUAACAAUGUUGUGAUGACAUUAUUUGAAGCGGGUAUUGUUGCGAAGAUGACUACGGAUGAGUACAAGAAUCUUCCAGAACAUGCUAGAAGGUCGGAUCCCGUGACAGAGAGUGACAAACAGGGGGGCGAGGUCAUGGGAGAGUCCGCUGCUACUUCUUCACAAACUCCACAAGGAGAGUCGACAAAAGGUCUGCAGCCAGUGUCUUUGAGGAUGCUCAGAGGCGCAUUCUGUUUGCUUGGUAUUGGACAUCUGUUGGCAGCAAUAUCAUUGGCAGUAGAAAUCCAGCUCCAUCGUCGUUCAAAACGCCGUCGCAAACCAGAACAGAACGAGCACAGAAAGGCACAGAAACUGCUCGUGCUUGGCAAGUCUGUGAUGCUAUUCAAACGAGGCUGCAAGAAGGUCUGCACCAGCGUGUUCACAAGUAUUGAUAAAGCACUCGGUUCCGAUAAUAAGGAUUAGUUCGACAAGAUGGCCGCUGACCU